AUGGCAGUGCACCAAAGAUAUUAUUCACAUGAACGGUUUUACCAUCAAAACUAUCUCUCUCCAUAUCAACAACAACAAUAUAACCAUCCACAACAACACUACCAUCAACACCAUCCGCAACAACAACAUCAGCAACACCAUCCGCACCAGCAAUACUAUUUCCAUCAUCAAUCUAUUCCUAUUUACUACCAUCCCCAAUACCAACAACAACAUCAUCAUCCACAACAAAAUCAGCAAUCAAACCAAUCGCAAAUGCAUCAGCAACAACAAAACGAUAUCCCCCAACAACAGCAGUGCCAACAUCAUCCGCAACAAAAACACCAUCCGCGACAGCAAUACUAUUUCCAUCAUCAAUCUAUUUCUAUUUACUAUCAUCCCCAAUACCAACAACAACAUCAUCAUCCACAACAAAAUCAGCAAUCAAACCAAUCGCAAAUGCAUCAGCAACAACAAAACGAUAUACCCCAACAACAGCACCGCCAGCACCAAAGAUAUUAUUCACAUGAACGGUUUUACCAUCAAAACUAUCUCUCUCCAUAUCAACAACAACAAUAUAACCAUCCACAACAACACUACCAUCAACACCAUCCGCAACAACAACAUCAGCAACACCAUCCGCACCGGCAAUACUAUUUCCAUCAUCAAUCUAUUCCUAUUUACUACCAUCCCCAAUACCAACAACAACAUCAUCAUCCACAACAAAAUCAGCAAUCAAACCAAUCGCAAAUGCAUCAGCAACAACAAAACGAUAUCCCCCAACAACAGCACCGCCAGCACCAAAGAUAUUAUUCACAUGAACGGUUUUACCAUCAAAACUAUCUCUCUCCAUAUCAACAACAACAAUAUAACCAUCCACAACAACACUACCAUCAACACCAUCCGCAACAACAACAUCAGCAACACCAUCCGCACCGGCAAUACUAUUUCCAUCAUCAAUCUAUUCCUAUUUACUAUCAUCCCCAAUACCAACAACAACAUCAUCAUCCACAACAAAAUCAGCAAUCAAACCAAUCGCAAAUGCAUCAGCAACAACAAAACGAUAUCCCCCAACAACAGCAGUGCCAACAUCAUCCGCAACAAAAACACCAUCCGCGACAGCAAUACUAUUUCCAUCAUCAAUCUAUUUCUAUUUACUAUCAUCCCCAAUACCAACAACAACAUCAUCAUCCACAACAAAAUCAGCAAUCAAACCAAUCGCAAAUGCAUCAGCAACAACAAAACGAUAUCCCCCAACAACAGCACCGCCAGCACCAAAGAUAUUAUUCACAUGAACGGUUUUACCAUCAAAACUAUCUCUCUCCAUAUCAACAACAACAAUAUAACCAUCCACAACAACACUACCAUCAACACCAUCCGCAACAACAACAUCAGCAACACCAUCCGCACCGGCAAUACUAUUUCCAUCAUCAAUCUAUUCCUAUUUACUACCAUCCCCAAUACCAACAACAACAUCAUCAUCCACAACAAAAUCAGCAAUCAAACCAAUCGCAAAUGCAUCAGCAACAACAAAACGAUAUCCCCCAACAACAGCACUGGUGGGACGCUUUUUAA